CGCAUGCCUAGUCUUGUUCCUAGACAGCCCGUUGUUUCGUCUAUCUUCACGGCAAUUGUCAAGCAGCGGCAUUAUUACACGUCGAUCAUGCCUCAAUUAAACAUUCAUACGAAGUACAAGAUGAACUCGGGGUUUGAGAUCCCCGCCCUUGGAUUCGGUGUCUACAUGAUCCCUCCAUCGGCUACAGAGAAGGCCGUCCUAGAGGCGUUCAAGAAUGGUUACCGUCAUGUCGACUCUGCCAUGAUGUAUCGAAACGAAAAACAAUGCGGCCGUGCCAUUUUGAACUCGGGCAUUGACCGAGGCCAAUUGUUCUUCACUACUAAAAUUACUCCUACCUAUAUGGGAUACGAGAAUGCGAAGAAAGCGAUUAAUUUGAGUCUACGGGAAUCAGGACUCGAUUAUAUUGACCUAAUCCUCAUCCACGCACCGUAUGGUGGAAAGGAGGCACGAACCGGUACAUGGCGUGCUCUAGUCGAAGCCCAGAAGGCCGGGAAGGUCCGUUCAAUCGGUAUCUCCAACUACGGCGUGCACCAUUUGAAUGAGCUGGAGGAAUACAUCAAGGGUGGCGGCGGUGGAGAGAUCUCCGUAGGACAGUACGAAUUGCAUCCAUGGCUGGAUAGGAGUGAUAUUGUCAAGUGGCUCCGAGAACGGAAUGUUGUAAUUGAAGCCUACGCUCCUCUGGCACGGGGUACCAGAUUCAGAGAUCCAUUGGCGUUGUCCAUGGCGAAGAAGUAUGGAAAAUCGCCAGCUCAGAUCCUUGCCCGAUGGGGUUUGCAGAAUGGCUUUGUUCCACUUCCUAAAUCGGUCACUCCCCAGCGGAUCAAGGAGAAUGCGGACGUUUUCGACUUUGCGUUAUCAGAGGACGAUGUACAGAAGAUGCAUACAGGCGAGUAUUCUCCCACGGACUGGGAUCCCACGGUCGACUUUGAUUAGAUAUUGUGCAAGACAUAGGAUUCUAUGCUUUGACGGGCGUGUUCCGAGACCUGUGUCGAGUAAUUACCUCGUACUCUGCCAAGGGCGCAUGAGACGCAGGGUCUGCGUAAUUAAGAUCCAGCGAUAGCAAUACAUAGUUCUCAUUGCAAAGGCAAAAUAUAUCAUGAUAUGGUGUAGAUGGUGUAGAAUCCUCGAGUUGAU